GCUGGACGCAGGACUUCAUGCGCCCACAGAGCCUUGCGCGCAGCAGUCCAUCCGUGCAUGCCCCUGGAAUGAGUAAAUGAAUGAACAGACCCAGUUUUCCCCGACAGCUGCUGAUGGAGACCUCAGCCAUGCCCAGGAGUCCCAGCCUAAGCCACAGCCUGCCCAGGAGCUCGUGGCCUCAUUUUGGAGCAUGGACCAGGAGAGGGAGCAGGACAGUCGGGACGUCGUGUGUGGCAUCUGCAUGGACAAGGUGUGGGACAAGCCAGGAGCCAAGCGGAUCUUCGGCAUCCUGCCCAACUGCACUCACGCCCACUGCCUGGGCUGCCUGCGCACCUGGCGGAAGCGCCAGCAGGACUUCCCGCUGGAUGUCAUCAAGUCAGUGUCUUGGAGAGGUCAGCAGGGAGGGGGACCAGUGCCCCAGAGGGGCGUGGGCCUGGAGGCCAGCCUGCAAGCUGUGACUGUUCUCCCACCUCGCAGGGCCUGCCCUCAGUGCCGGGUCCAUUCCAGCUACAUCAUCCCCCACAGGUUCUGGGUGAGCAAGGGGGCUGAGAAGGAGCAGCUCAUCAGGAACUUCAGGGCUCGGACCAGGCAAGGCUGGAAGGGGGGGGCGGGGCGUGACCGGGGUUAG